AUGGCGUUGACUCUUCGCUUUGCAACAGCUCGAGACAUCGCUGCCAUAGCGCGAGUGUGUGUCGAGUCUCUCCCAGAUGACCCUACCUUCGACUACCUCUGGCGAUACCGCCAUGAAUACCCAGAGGACAAUUACUUUUUCUGGCUCCAACGACUCAAGGGCAACCUUUCUACCCAGGCAGCGAGACAAUGGCAGAAGCAGGGUUGGUUGGACUGGAUUCAAGGAUUGGCAACCAGUGUUGAGAACUGGGCUAUUGCCUGGCAAUAUCAACAUCGAGAUGCAGAUAUGCUGCGAGUCGAAGCGUUUAAGCAAGUCAUGGACGAGGUCUAUGACACUUAUUGGCGCAAGGCUUUUCCCGACAACUGGCACCUAGAGUUGUUGUUCACGCACCCUGACCACAGAAAACAAGGCGCCGCGACAAAAAUCGUUCAGUGGGGUCUCACUCGGGCUGAGGAAGAAGGUGUUGACCUGGGACUUGAGAGCAGUCCGAUGGGCUUCCCACUGUACCAGAGCCUGGGGUUCGUGCUCAUUGAGAAGCGGACUGUCAGGGUAGAUGGCGAUAAGGCAGAGCUGGGUGUCCUUGUCAUGCACAAACCAUCAUCUCAGUGA